AUGGAGUACAUCGACAAUUUGCCCGCCAUGGAUCUGAUGCGAUCCGAGAAGAUGAUGUUUGUUCAGCUUAUCAUCCCCGUCGAGUCAGCUCAUCGCGCGGUCUCUUAUCUCGGCCAGCUUGGUCUUCUCCAGUUUCGUGAUUUAAAUGAUGAUAAAAGUCCUUUCCAGAGAACGUUUGUUAAUCAGGUUAAAAGAUGUGCUGAGAUGUCCAGGAAGCUACGUUUUUUCAAAGAUCAGAUACAGAAAGCUGGUCUAAUUGCACCCACUCAUCCGGCUUCCCAACCUGAUAUUGAAUUAGAAGAACUUGAGGUCCGACUGGCUGAGCAUGAACAUGAGCUGAUUGAAAUGAACAGUAACAGCGAGAAACUGCAGCAAACAUAUAAUGAGCUGCUUGAGUUCAAGAUGGUGCUGCGGAAGGCAGGUGACUUCCUUGUGCCUGGUGGGAAUCAUUCUGCAGCUCAAGAAACAGAAUUAGAUGAGAAUGUCUAUACGAACAAUGAUUAUGGUGAUGCCGCAUCACUGCUUGAACAGGAAAUGCAACCUGGAUCAUCUGACCAAUCUGGUGUAAAAUUUAUAAGUGGAAUAAUUUGUAAGUCUAAAGUUCUAAGAUUUGAGAGGAUGUUAUUUCGUACUACAAGGGGAAAUAUGCUUUUUAAUCAGGCAUCAGCAGAAGAUCAAAUUGUGGAUCCUGCAUCAAAUGAAAUGAUAGAGAAAACCGUUUUUGUGGUAUUCUUCUCUGGGGAGCAGGCAAGAAAAAAGGUCCUGAAAAUUUGUGAAGCAUUUGGCGCAAGCUGCUAUCCAGUUCCUGAGGACACGACCAAGAGGAGGCAAAUAACUAGAGAAGUUUUGUCACGGUUAUCUGAGUUGGAAACUACCUUAGAGGCUGGCCUACGCCAUCGGGAUACUGCUCUCACUUCUAUUGGGUUUCAUCUUACAAAGUGGAUGAAUAUGGUGAGAAGGGAAAAGGCUAUUUAUGACACAUUAAAUAUGCUGAAUUUUGACGUCACAAAGAAGUGUCUGGUUGGUGAGGGUUGGUGUCCAGUAUUUGCAAAACCGAAGAUUCAAGAAGCUUUGCAACGUGCAACUUUCGAUAGUAAUUCACAAGUGGGUAUGGUAUUUCAUGUGAUGGACUCAAUUGAGUUGCCUCCAACGUACUUCAGAACCAACCAUUUCACCAAUGCAUAUCAAGAAAUUGUUGAUGCAUAUGGUGUUGCUAAAUAUCAGGAGGCAAAUCCUGCAGUUUAUACUGUUGUUACAUUUCCAUUUCUUUUCGCUGUGAUGUUUGGGGAUUGGGGUCAUGGCAUAUGCUUACUCUUGGGAGCUUUGUUCCUUAUAGCCCGUGAGAGAAGACUUGGUUCUCAGAAACUUGGCAGCUUCAUGGAGAUGCUAUUUGGUGGCCGAUAUGUCCUCCUUUUGAUGUCCCUCUUCUCAAUUUAUUGUGGCUUGAUAUACAAUGAAUUCUUUUCCGUUCCUUUUCACAUAUUUGGCAGCUCUGCCUAUAGAUGCCGGGAUGCUACAUGCAGUGAUGCUCAUACAGUUGGUUUAGUCAAAGAUAGAGAUACAUAUGCAUUUGGUGUUGAUCCAAGUUGGCGCGGAAGCCGUUCUGAGCUGCCUUUUCUGAACUCUCUAAAGAUGAAGAUGUCUAUUUUGUUUGGUGUAGCACAGAUGAAUCUAGGAAUUAUACUAAGUUAUUUCAAUGCACGCUACUUCAGCAACUCCCUUGACAUUAGGUACCAGUUUGUGCCACAGAUGAUCUUCCUGAACAGCCUGUUCGGAUAUCUUUCUCUUCUCAUUAUUAUUAAAUGGUGCACUGGUUCUCAAGCAGAUCUCUACCAUGUGAUGAUUUACAUGUUCUUAAGUCCUUUUGAAGACUUGGGUGAAAACAAGCUGUUCUGGGGUCAGGGUGUACUUCAGGUUAUAUUGUUGCUCUUGGCUAUUAUUGCUGUCCCAUGGAUGCUUUUCCCAAAACCUUUUAUUUUAAAGAGACAGCACACAGAGAGAUUUCAAGGACAGACAUAUGGACUUCUUGGAACCUCUGACAUGUAUAAUGAUGAGGAGCCUGAUUCCGCAAGACAACCACGCCACGAGGAAUUCAAUUUUAGUGAAGUUUUCGUGCAUCAGAUGAUACAUUCUAUUGAGUUUGUAUUAGGUGCAGUUUCUAAUACUGCAUCAUAUCUCCGUUUGUGGGCUUUGAGUUUAGCUCACUCGGAACUGUCCACUGUUUUCUAUGAAAAGGUUCUCCUUCUUGCCUGGGGGUACGACAAUCUUAUCAUACGCUUAGUGGGUCUGGGAGUUUUUGCUUUUGCAACAGCAUUUAUUCUACUUAUGAUGGAGACUCUCAGUGCCUUCCUCCACGCCCUUCGACUUCAUUGGGUGGAAUUUCAAAACAAGUUCUACAGUGGGGAUGGAUAUAAGUUCAGGCCCUUCUCCUUUGCUGCGUUAACUGAUGACGAUGAAUAG